UUAAUUUUGGACACAAAACCAGAUAUACGCCUUAAAUGCCUAAAACCCUACCUCCUCAACUACCACUGACCCAAUUGAGGAACCCCUUUGUACUGACAACCACUAUUACUUCCCAAGACUGAAUCUUUCUCCUCCUCACUUCAGCUAUUCAAUGGAGGUGGAGAGAUUUCCCACCACCACCAAUGUGGCUUUGCAGAGAAUGAUUUGCUCAGUGGUGCUUGAAACUGCUCAAAAAUCUCUUCUUUCUCUUCUCUUCAUGAGUGAGUUUCUAUGUUUGUACUCGGACCUUCUUGGAGUGGAGAGGAGGUUUCCUUUUGGUGAGCUUAAAAGAGCUAUGGCACCAGAUAAUGAAACCAAGGAUUCAAGUGAAACUGAGGAUGAUGAUGAUGAUGAAGACGAAGAUGAUGAGAACACCGAUGAUGAUGACGAUGAUGAUGAGUAUUCUGAUGAAGGAAGUGAUGACGAUGAAGAGGCUUCAGAUGGAGAUGAUGCUGGGGCAAAUGGGAAUGGAGGGCGUGAUGAUGAUUCAGAUAACGAAGAUGAUGAUGAUGAAAAUGACGAUGAGGACGAUGAAGUGGAUGAUGAUGAUGAUGACGAGGAAGACGAGAAUCAACCACCAUAUAAGAAGAAAAAGUGAGAUCAUACUAGUACAUUUUAUAUGAUUCCUAGAUUUAUUUGGUGGGGAAAAAGAUUCUAGUGAAAUCUUUACCAUGAAGUCAAUGUCAAUGGUUCUUAUCUGUUUCGAUGCUAUUCAAUUGCAAAGUUCUAGCUCUUGGAACUUGACCUAAUUUCCAACUUAGUUCUCAGGUAACCCCAGAAAAAGAACUAUGCUCGGUUGAUAAGAAUGACAUACAAUGGGUUACAACUUACAACAAAAGGUCCAAGUUGCUGCAUUGGGAGUUCCUUUAGUUUAAGACUGGUUUUGAAUGCUAAAACUUCUAUCCUUUCUAUUCA